UGGCAAGCUAUGUAAAAUGAAUAAUUUAUUAUGAAUUAGUCGUUGUAACGUCUCAUAUAACAUUUAUGAGUGUUAUUUAUUUUUUUUGUAAACUGCGUCUGCACGUGAUUAACUAAUGAGUCGCGUCUCAUUUCGCUCGUGAAUCAGUUUGUCGUAAACACGAAUUCGGUCACUACCAAAUAAACGGAGCUUUGGUUUGAAACUCCGAUUCAAUUGAAUCAAUUGAUUCACUGUUUUGAAUCGCUCGAAUCGGCGGACUUGCUCAAAUCUGUGUAAAUGCAACGAGAACAAAAAACAAAUGCAUGAUUGACUUUUAUUAAACAGUAAUGUUUUCAUGCAAGUGUAAACUAAUCUGCAUAUUAUUAGAUACACAAUAUAAACCUUUAAUUAUAAAUAUAUUUUGGUGUUUCUUGGCUCAUCAGGUCAUUACUCUGACUCUGGCUGACUUUGUCUUACCAGUGUGCUGAUUGAGACGCACCCAGAUUACAAUUAUAAAGAUGGACUUUAUUAAAGAGGAGAGUGAAGACGUGAAGAUUGAAGAAACAUUCAGAGUAAAACAAGAAGAUACUGAGGAACAAACAAAGAUGUUGUUUAUUAAAGAGGAGAUUGAAGACGUGAAGAUUGAAGAAACAUUCAGAGUCAAACAAGAAGAUACUGAGACAAAAACAGAACUGAUGGUGCUUAAAGAGGAGAGUGAAGUACUAUCUGAAAUGGAAGAGAAAGAUCACUAUCAGAAAAUAGACCACGAUUUCAAGAAUGGAGAUAAAUUUGGUGAAACUGAAAAAACGUCCUCAUUAAAAAGGGCUCAGAAAACCAUAUUUAACCGUUACUUCGCCUGCCAUCAGUGUGGAAAAAGUUUCACUCAAAAAGGAACCCUUAAAAGCCACAUGAGAGUUCACACUGGAGAGAAGCCUUAUACAUGCACUCAGUGUGGAAAGAGUUUUACAUAUAAACACACUCUUAAUGACCACAUGAGGAUUCACACUGGAGAAAAGCCUUUCAUCUGCCAACAGUGUGGAAAACAUUUCCGUCAAAAACAAAACCUUACAGUCCACAUGAGAAUUCACAGUGGAGAGAAACCUUACAUGUGCCAUCAGUGUGGACAGAGUUUCAAGCAUAACAAAAACCUUUAUAGCCACAUAAGAAGUCAUGCUAGAGAGAUGCCUUUCACCUGCAAACUGUGGCAAGAUAUUGUCCAAUAAAGAAAUUCUUAAUGCUUAAGAAUUGACACUAAGAACGAAUUCACCUGCCAGCUUAUGUGCUCAACGUGGAUGAAGUUUCACACAUAAAAAAAGCUAUUUGAAUGGUCGGCGAGGAAAGAGUUUCAGAUUAAAGUAAUUCUUAAUUGCCACAUAAAAUCACAAAUCAUGGUUUUAUGUCAUCAGUGUUGGAGGGAAAACUUAGAGACUCAUUUGCAACUAUUAUAGAAGGUUCAAACGAUCACUGAUGCUCUAGAAGGGAAAACGAUGCAUUAAGAGCCUGGGGUGUAAACUUUUGAACAGAAUGAAGAGGUGUACAUUUUUCUUAGCCUAAAUUAAAAAAAAAUAUCAUUUAGUACUUCCCUUUAGAAGAAACUUGGAUGUUUCACAGAAGACAAAAUAAGUUAAAAUAACCUGUUCUUCUGUAAUAGUUGUAUACAAGGGACACAUCAACAACCAUCACAAAACAAAAAAACACAGCCAUGGAUCAUCCAGUUUACCACACAUUAUUAAGAAUCA